AUGCAACCAUUCUACGUGCUCAGUGAUCGUUGCCUCGACCGCGAGAGAGAGUUGGAUGUCAAGGAUUACAAUCAGCUCCUCACUCCGCAGAAACUUUGGUAUGGAAUCAUCCACAGGCAUAUGGCCAUGACAUCUUCGGCAUUUGCGGCGAUCUGCGCACCUUUCUUGACAAUUAUUGCUAGCGGCUUGUUCAGCCCCGGUGCAGCUAUUUCACAACAGACCGGAAUCAUAGCUCAAACAACGGCCUGGUUUAACACUUCCGACACGCACGCCCCGUACGGUGGGUCAUUCAACAAUAGCGACCCCCCAAUGAUAACACGCAUUAUGUACUCCAAUGCCGGCUUUCCACAAUGGACCUAUUCCGAGCUUGCGCUUGCUGAGGUCGGCUUUGAAGCGGGAGUCACAGGGAACAUUACCAGGACUCACAAUGCCGCCUCAGUGCCGUCGCAGCUCGCCAUCGAGGUUCCAGCGCUUCGCGUAGUCAUGAACUGUACAACACGUCCAUACACGAGCGCCGCACCUGCUCCCAUUGUCUCAAGUUUUCAAUCGUCGGCUCCGACUUUCCUUGAAGUCAACAUGACCUUCCCUGAAGCGGCAACCGAAGGUGAUAACUUCCAACAAGGAAGUCCUCGAUGGAACUAUGCUAACGGCGCGCUAACUACACAAUGGGCCUACAAUAACAAGCCUGGCAUAGUCGGUUACUGGACCCCGGCCUUUUUUGGCGAUGCUCCCUGGCCAACGACUAUGAGUCUCUUCGCAGAAGUCGACGCGAAUGGCAAUCCCAAGAACAUCACCAUCCUAACCUGCAUGCCAUACAUUGAGACUGUGCGAGCCAACGCGGUCUUCAACCUUCCAUCCUUUGAACUAGCGGCCCCUGCCACAGCCAUCGAAUCCGCGGCCAAAUACUUCAACAACGACUCCUUCUGGGCCAUGACUCCCUUCAGCAUAGCGGGAGGCACAUUCGACCAAGUCCUCAUCCCCGUCAACCUGACGAAACCAUCCCCACUCUCUGCCUCCGACAGUUUCUUCCAAGCCCUCUUCCAGAGCCACGCAGUCUCCUGGGUCCGGCAAACACCAGAAAACUCAUUGAUGCAGUCGGACACCUAUAUCGAAUGA